GGCUUCGCUCGGCUGACACCUCGUAUUUGGGACCUGAGAGCAGACGGCAAGACGGCAAAAAGAGAUAAUUCAGUCAAUACAACAAACUCAGACGGCCAGACGUCGAAAGGCAACAAAAGCAUCGACAAUGACACGAUAAAACAACGGCUGAUUCCUUCUUCUUCCUUACACACAACAACAUCAUGAUACUGGAGCUUCUGUUACAGAUCUGCCUCUUUGUGGGUGCCCUCUUAUUCACUGCUGCAGUUUUGUUUGUGUCAUGGCAUCGAUGGAAGUAUCAAGGCGACGGUAACGACCGCACCCUUGCCUUUUUCCAUCCAUUUUGUGCCGCUGGAGGCGGAGGGGAGCGAGUUCUUUGGGCCAUCCUUCAAGCCUUGGGAGAAAUUGAUCAGCAAGGGUUGCCCAUGAAGAUUGUGAUUUACACCAUUGAUCCACCAUCGGAAUCCUACAAGAGUGAUGUGCUGGAAAAGGUGAAUGACAGGUUCUCGUUGGCAAUUUCACCAACUCUGGAUAUAUCGUUCAUCCAUUUGGACGAUUGCGCCGCUUUCCUAGAAAGGGCAAGCAGACUGUCCAUGGUGGUGGAAUCAUGGGGAACCAUGAGACUCGCCUAUGCGGCUCUGGUACGGACAAAAGUGGCUCCCAAGAUCUUUGUGGAUACCACGGGUUGCGCCUUUACGUAUAUGGUGGCACGAGUCCUCUUUGGCUGCCGAGUUCUGGCAUAUGUCCAUUAUCCAACAAUCAGCACCGACAUGCUCUCUAUGGUCUGGGAACGUCGUCGCGUGACCUACAACAACCAGGCAUACAUUGCCAACAGCCGUAUCACGACCUUUAUCAAGUUGGUAUACUAUUCCAUGUUUGCCGUGGCCUAUGGCACUGUGGGGAGUCUCUGUGAUUUGGUCUUGGUGAAUUCUACCUGGACGUUUAAUCACAUCAAUUCACUAUGGUGGUUGGUGGCCCUGCAACGGAAAAUAAAGGUGGUGUUUCCUCCCUGCCGGAUUUCAUCUGACACUACUCGGACAGGCCCGCGAGAACGCAUUGUGUUAUCCAUUGGUCAGUUUCGACCGGAAAAGGAUCAUGAAUUACAGAUCCAAGCGCUGUCCCAGCUGUUCCAAAAGCAUCCGACACUAAAAGGCAGCAUCACCAUGGUACUCGUGGGUGGAUGCCGUGGACCUUCCGAUGAAGCCCGGCUGCGUCACUUGCAAACCAAGGCCAAAGAUUUGGACUUGGAGAGCUCGGUGGUCUUUAGUGUCAAUCAACCGUACUCUGUGGUGGAAGAUUGGCUGGGCAAAGCCAGCGUGGGCAUUCACACGAUGUGGAAUGAGCAUUUUGGAAUUGGAGUGGUAGAAAUGAUGUCUGCCGGUCUGAUUACCAUUGCUCAUGAUUCGGGUGGUCCCAAAUCGGACAUUGUGGUUCCACUGGACGGACAACCCACUGGCAUGCUGGCAUCAACUGCCGAGGGCUAUGCCGAUGCCAUGCAUCAAGCCUUUACCAUGAACAAUGCCGAUGCGGACCGCAUGAGAAAGAAUGCCAGGUUGAGUGCGGAACGCUUCUCGGACGAAAAGUUCAACCUGAGUUUCAAGAAAGAAAUCCUAGAAUCGGGAAUAUUGCAGUAAACACAUCAAAAUGACGACAACAAAGUCGAACAUAUAGUUGCUGAUUUUAUCGUUUGG